AGCCAUGGGCAGCAAGAAGAAGGAAAUUGCCUUGCAGGUCAACAUCAGCACCCAGGAGCUUUGGGAGGAAAUGCUCAGUUCCAAAGGAUUAACUGUAAGAAAACUACCACCUCAUCACUUUUUGAGAAUCUGCCUGUGUUCCGGGCACCUGAUGUGAUCCUGGUGAGAGUGUCGACUCUGUCAAAGCCUGCUCUAAGCCGUGCAAGGGAACUGUGUUGGCUGAAGGCAGCAGGGGCCCAUCUGCCCCUUCUCGUCAGGCAGUCUCGAGGAAGACAUGCUCCUCCUUCUUUCUGGAGCCAGCAGAAAUUUGCCUCCCAAGUCAACCACCAUCUUGGAAGUCUUGCCUUCUUCUGGCUCAUUUUCAUCUGCCUUCAAACAUGCAGAAGUCUACUCAGCCCAUCCCCAGGCAGGUGUGAGCCCGCAGGCAGCCCCUGGACGCCCCAGGCUGUGCCUGCACGUGCUUCCCACCACAGCCUCCCUCUCUGCCCAUCCAAGCGUGGCAUUUUCCAAAAGGCCCAGUUGGUCGACGUCUAUCAAGGCUGGUGUGGCCCCUGCAAACCCGUGGUGAGCCUCUUCCAGAAGAUGAGGAUUGAGGUUGGCCUGGACCUGCUGCAUUUUGCAUUAGCGGAGGCAGACUGUCUUGAUGUCCUCGAAAGAUACCGCGGGCGGUGUGAGCCGACCUUUCUGUUUUAUGCAAUUAAAGAUGAGGCUCUUUCUGAUGAAGAUGAACAUUCUUCUCAUGAAAAGGACGAUGGUGAAGAUGAGGAUGUGGUUUCAGCAGCGAAGACCUGCACCUUGGCCAUCAUUAAACCGGAUGCGGUGGUCCACGGCAAGGCCGAUGAGAUUAUUAUGAAGAUCCAGGAAGCCGGCUUCGACAUUUUAACAGAUGAAGAGAGAACCUUGACAGAGGCAGAAAUGCGACUUUUCUACGACCGCACAGCUGGAGAGGAGGCAUUUGAGAAACUGGUACAUCACAUGUGCAGUGGACCAAGCCACCUCCUGAUCCUCACCAGGACUGAGGGUGUCGAGGACGUGGUUACUGCCUGGCGAACCCUCAUGGGGCCCUGUGACCCUGAGGUGGCAAGGAGGGAGCAGCCUGACAGUCUCCGCGCUCAGUAUGGCACAGAAAUGCCCUUCAAUGCGGUCCAUGGAAGCCAGGACAGAGAAGACGCCAGCCGAGAACUGGCACUGCUCUUCCCCGGUUUUAAGUUUUCAGAUGAAGUGCUGGAAGCCCCUCGGGGUGAUAAUGAGCAAAGAGGACAAUUCCAGAUGCGUCUGAGCCCAGACCACAUCCCGGGAAUGUCACAGCCUCCUGCGGGCAUGAACUUGCAGCGGCCUCGGCCACGGGGCCGAAGGAGCGAGUGGUGGGCCCCACGAGGCUCAGGUGCCCUGAGCAUGUGGAUGGACAAGGCCGUGACUGAGGUGGGGCCCGAGAUGAAGUGCCAGUGCACAGAAGGAAACCUCCAGAACCAGAACUUAUUCUUUGAGCACUGAUACUUUUUUGGUUUACCUUUCAUGAACAAUAAAAAUAACAGUGUGUACUUUCCUGACUUAUUAAACAGUAUAUAGAACAUAUACUAACACUUUUUUUUUUUUUUGCUAUCUCUGGGAUUUUACAAAAUAAAUGGACAUCAGUUAUUGUCCUCCGCUGUGAUAUGAUGUCAUCCCAGGUCAGUGUUGCCCCAAGAAUAAAUCUACUUUAUGAUUUAAA